AUGGCGAACCUUGACCCCGACAACAUCCCCAUCAUCGACUUUGCACGCUACGACUCCGAUCUUCUCGGCCUAGCACGAGAGAUCAAGCAAGUCUGCGAAACAUGGGGUUUUCUCUAUCUCAAAAACCAUGGCUUGGACCAACGCAAAAUCGACCGUAUGUUUUAUAUUAGCGAGGCAUUCUUCAAGACGACUCCCCGCGAGGAAAAGGCUUCCACCCCUUGGAACAGCAUCCACAAUGCCGGCUACGAUGCCAAAACGGGGACUGAAGGUUACUUCAACGAGAACGGAGCGAAGGACCCCGUCUCCCCCAAUGACACCAAAGAAGUCUUUGUGAUUCGGAAAGAGAAGUCUUAUGACCAGCCCAUGCCGCCAUCACUGCGCAAAUUUAACCCAGAGAUUCAACAAUUUAUGGCCGAGACCCAUGAAAAGAUCGCAGUCCGUUUGCUUUCCUGUCUGGGCCUGGGGUUGGGCUUGUCACAAGACCGACUGCCGUUGCUUCAUCAACAUGAUAGCCCUUCUUAUACCACUCUGCGUCUUAUCCACUACCCGACCCUGCAAAACGGAGAUGAAGCACCAGUCCGACUCGGCUCGCAUUCUGAUCAGGGUGUGAUCACCAUCCUCUUCCAGAACCAAGUCGCCGGCCUUCAAGUUCGACCGCCCAAGUACAUUGGGCCCAUUCAGGAAGGUGAGAAGUGGCUCGACGCGCCAGUGAUCCCCGGGGCGGUGCUCAUCAACAUCGGCGAGACGAUGACGUUCUUCUCCGGCGGAUUGAUGAAGAGCACAUUGCAUCGCGUUGCGAGAAGUCCGUUGCCCGAGGAUCAAGGGAAAGACAGAUAUUCCAUGGCGUACUUCUGUCAUCCUAAUCAGGACACGUUGCUAGAGGUUUUGGAGGGCGUGGUGGGCGCAUCGACGAGGGAGACGCCAAUUUCUUGUGUCACGGGCAGACAAGUCAAGACGGUGAAAGAUUGGAUUGAACAUCGCCAUUCGAUGGGAAGGCUGCAGGCGGCCAAGUAG